GCAGUCGAGCUCAAGCCCUUCUCGUAGAUUAAGCUCAAUCUCUAGUUAAAAAAUAAUAAUAAUCAUACAAACGUAACAACUAAUAAUUAUUUUGAAAUGGUGUUACAUUUAGGAACCAAUGGGGUACUGAUUAUCGGGAUUGUGGCACUCGUAUCAUUGGCCGUCAUUAAGCCGGAUUCCGACUUCUAUAAUAUGAAUGAGGUAUUUCUUCGAAUAUCGCCGGAUGCAUGCCGAAGUGAGGAAUAUUUUGAUACCUUUGCGUUUAAAUGCAGAAUAUGCGAUGAAGGCUUGCAUCUCAAAACGAGUGAAGAUCGACUUUCAUGCACCUGCGAAGAGCGUUCCAUUCCCUGGCGGGACUACGACAGUACGAUGCAGGGACCGGUCUGUCGAAACACGAGUGAACUUUUCGAUGCGCGAGGGCCACGAAUCGAAAUGUUAAAUUUCUGCAAAACGCAUCACGUCACGCUGCUGAAUGCGACAAAAUCGGGUGAGAAUGUGGUGCAGAUGUAUCGGAAAACUUACCCUCCCGGCAAUGAUAGCACCGUUUGUGGUUGCGGAAAUCAUCAGCAGGAUAUCGUGACGUACAAGGAUCCUGUUCAAAGGGACAUGGUUGAAAUCUACUGCUUGUCGCAAUCGUUACUCAGGGAGGUUCAAAAUUAUCACCCAUUCAAGCUGAGCUACCGCCAUAAUGGUGACGUGUUUCGAAACAUUAAGUUUUUAAUUGUAUUUUGUCAUGUGAUACGAAGUCCUCGGCAUUGCCACUAUCUGGCCAACCUGUGCGUGUUGAGUUUCUACAGCCUAGACAAAUAUUCGCCAUGUGGUUUAUUUUACACUUAUCAAACCUACGACAUGGCCUCGGAUAAUUCCGCUUUUCCAAGCUCUGUGGCGAGGGGAAGUUUGUUCGGUGUCCGGGACGGGUCCGACAAGACAGCUAGGUUGUGGACUUUCAGUGACACCGUAAAACCACCCCUUUUCUAUCGGCGGGGUAAAUAUGUUAAUGAAAUCUUCGAGAAAUAUCUGGAUUUUAGCUACGACACGCGCGCCGAGAAUGCGGCGAACAACACGCUAAACUUCACCCUCAUUAGCUACGAUUUAUACGGCCACCUAAGGAGCUUCCGUGCUAUGCGGUUCGCCGAUUUGAAUCUGUGUGAACGUUACUCGGCCAGCCAGGAGCAACGUGUUCGGUUCGCUCGAAACUAUGACCGACGUUGUCGCAUCAGUCUGCAGCAAUUGUUGGAGGAUUUUUCCGAGCCGGAGUUUGUGAACCUCUACGCGGAUUAUUACGACCAGAAGGCACGACUUUUACGCUCGAUUCCGGUGCUGGUGCGAAAGGCUUUCUCCCAUAAUGACCAUGUGGAUCCGGAGAAGUGGCAGCUAGUUAAAAGAUUUCUCAUAGUGGAUACCCUGUCGGGGAUGAACGGAAACUACAAACCAAGAAUGUACUGUAAGGAUCCGCUACAUGAGCACUUCGACUUUAUACGAUAUGUCAAAAAGGUGGAGUUCGAUAUUCGUUUGCAUGCUAAUCAUGACAAAAAUCCCAAUAGGGUUACAGUGCCGUUAUUAAAGCUUGAAUACGGCCUGGUUAACAUGUCCCAAUCGAAAUCGGAAUCAUUUCCUGAAGAAACCGUAGAUUUCGAGUUUAGAAUUACAUUUAGCAAAAAGUACAAUUUUGAUUCUCUUUUAGAGAUUUUGCUUCCCAUUUUUAUACUACUUGCUUUUACUAUGACGCUCUUCCAAACAUUUUGCCACAAAUUGCGCCAAAAUAAAAUCUAUUACGAUAUGGAGAUAUUUGCAAAUUUUUUAGUAUAUCUCUGCUCAAACGUUGGUACCGCACUGCUGGCGGUUACGGUGAUAGUCGCUGUGCACGUGUUCGUAACCUACAAGACGCAAGAGAACGUGAAAAUAUUGCUUCCAGUGGAGGUGCAAAGUGCUUUAGAGGUUUUCAUAUGUGUCGCGUUCAGCUUUAAGCUGCUCAAAAUAAUGCGAAUAUUUGUACAGAUAUCGGGAAUCGACAUAUUCUUCAUUGACUGGGAACGACCGAAGAUACUCGACAACGGCUUCGGUAAUCAACGUACGCAUCUGUUGGAUACAACUUCGGUUACUUCUAAUGCAACGAAUCGACCAUCCUGCGAUAGCGUUUCGGCAUGGCGUAACUACUUUAUCGCCAACGAGUGGCAAGAACUGGCAACGAAGCGAAAAAUUUCCAUGUUUUCGCACGUCGUACUGCUGAUCACAGCAUUUUCAUUCCUUGGCUUCGAACAUUGGUCAUCGAGAAGCUUUGGCUUGGAGCUACACAAAAACGAAGAGCACAUCGGACCACACGAUAAGGUGCUUACAGUUGCCGUGGGAAUUUUGGUUUACGGGGCCAUCUACUUCGCACAAUGGGUGUACAACUUUCUGAUCUACGAACGCUUCAUCGAGAACGCCAUCCAGCAGUUCAUAGAUGUGGCUUCGAUCGCUAACAUAUCGGUGUUUAUUCUGUGUAUGGACACAUAUGGAUUCUACAUUCAUGGUAGGUCACCGCAUGGCUUCUCCGAUACGGACAUGUGCUCAAUGAUUCUGCAGUUCAAACGGGAGGAAGAUAAUCUCUGUGGAAACCGAGGCCUGCUUCCUGGAUCUGAACAGCAAACGUAUUCGAUAUUAGUACCGAAAAAUCUUCGCUCGUUUUACGAUAAGUUGAUUGCACCUUUGAAAAACCCCUCGAGUUUUGGACCACACCAACAUCUGAAUCAAACUCAUCUCAUUGGGAGUGCAAAACUUAGCAAUUCAGGAGUUAUAAGUGGGCCUGGAGGAAACAUCGAGUAUAAUUUCGAAAGGACCAUCUUAACGUACUACAACGUGAAUCGGUUCUUCGCCGCCUUCGUAGAUCACGCUUUGAAGGAGUUGGAUUAUAUCAUCCAAGAGAGAACGAUCCUGGAAAAUUUAGUCAACUGUGAGUUUCAAAGUUAUGUAACUGAGAACAAAGGCGUAUUCUACAUAGAUAAUGGACACUCCUUCGAUCAGGUGUUGUUCUACGGUAACGAAUCGACGUUCUUCCAACUAGAGUUGUCGCUAUUUCUAGCUAUCCUGUUGUUGUUUGAUGAUUUCCUAGUCGCCAUCGUAGUCGUUGGAGUUGUGUAUAAAGCGUUCGAACUAGUCAUGAAUUAUUUACUGAAAAAUAAUUUAGCCAAAAAGACACUAAUCGACAAACGGUUUCUUAUUUAAGUGUCUACGUACUGAGUGGAAAGUUGAGCACAUACUAGUGGGAAAAUUGAGAGAUUUUUGCUUUAGACUUUUGAAUACAAUCCGGUAAAAUCUAAUGAGUAAAAAGUGUAUAAUUAGCAUAAGAAUGCUGCAGAAAAGAAAUAUCCGUUGACGAACUUUUUUUUCGAAAAUUGUACCAACAUUUGUAGAUAAGUGGAAAUUCUGCAGUUUGCCUCAACUUUUUUUUGUCAUAUAAAAUAUGGCAAUUUUGUGAGGAAAAGUUUCGAUUGUGCUUUUUGUGAGGAUAUACAGAUAUUUGGACGACUGGAACUAGUUUAUUGGUUAACUUAAUCCUGUUUUUGCUGGCUUGGGUCCAAUCAACCUGCGCUCAAGGUCUUUUGUUGCUGUUCAUCGCUGACAGUUGCCGCACCGAUUCGACGCUGGAGUGCUGUGCGUUACAGAGGACCGGCUCCGGUGGAUACUCACUACAACGAGGUUGAGGAGGUCGAAAGUGUAGAAGAAUCAUCGGUCGGCGUGCACUGCUUGCUGGAAGGUGUUGUGUUGUGCAUAGGCCUGCAAUUACUAUUAUAUUUUGAAUUGUUGCCUAUCUUUACUGUCCGGAAAGCGGAGCGCACUAUGCGUAGCUCACAAACCACUUCCAAAGUCAAGGUCUUGGUGAAACCGACAGUUAGGUCGUGAAGCAGGAUCAUCGCUCUGGAUGUGCUGCUUCCCCGGUGAAAUUCUGUUGGGCGAUGUGAGUCUAGGGGCUAUCU